AUGCGACUAACCCAAACCAAGCAACCUAAAACUAAAGCCAAAGCCACCGAGCUCCACAUAAUUACGUACAACGUUAGAACUUUGUCCGAGGACUACCACCUUGAAUACCUCGAGAACAAAAUAAGCAAGAUAAAAUGGGAUGUGAUCGGCAUAAGCGAAAUGCGAAGGCCAGGCGAAAACGCGACCCAACUUCCGAACCAACAUAUUUUAUUCCACAAAGGAAACGACAAGAAACAAGGAGGCGUAGGAUUCCUGAUUCACAAGAAACUAAAAGGCAACAUCACUGAGUUUCACGCGACGUCGGACAGAGUUGCUUCAGUCACAAUUAAGAUCUCAAAACGGUACGACAUUAAAAUCAUACAGGCCUAUGCUCCAACAUCACUAUCAUCACAGGAUGCUCUUGACGAAUUCUACGACGAUUUACGAACCGCACUACACCGCAAGAAAGCACACUUUAACAUCAUAAAGGGCGACUUUGGAGAUGAGGACUGCGUUGGCCCCUUCGGAUACGGCACCAGAAAGGAACGUGGCGACGAUCUUGUGAAUUUCGCGACAACCAACAACUUCAAAAUCACAAACACGUUCUACAAAAAGAAACAGAACCGAAGAUGGACUUGGCGUAACUACGAGUUUCAAAACAGUUCGAGAAAGAUUUCCAAAUAG